UCGGCGAAUGGACUAGCCCACUGGUGUAAUGUGAUUGGCCGUCUCAUUCAUUCAUCAAGGUUGGCUGUACUGCUGUACAUAGCGAAAUUCAGCGUAACGACGCCGCCAACUUUCCCCGCGGAUAUUCCACGCUAAACCUAAAACGUUUCCUUAGAACCAUUGCUUAGUAUACUCUGGAUAUAUAACCUGAUCGAAGGACACUCUUUUCGCCAAGAAAUGGAUAAGAAUCUAGAGGAAAUGGCGCCAGUGUCCGCUACAGAAAGAAAUAACCUGAGCGAAGAGGGAAUCACUUCCAAUUCCAAUAUGAAAAUACAAAUCUGUCCAACAACUGGAGGACAAUUUGAUCUGAACAUACCAGCAUCUGAAACAAUUGAUGGACUCAAAAGAGCGGUUGGAAAAAAAUUAAAAGUACCAAAAGACAGGAUAACUUUACUUUACAAAGAUAGGUUAUUAAAAGAAGGCACUCUGUUCGAACAUCAAGUCGUGGAUCACAGUAAAAUCACACUUCUCCCUAAUGUAGAGAGUGGCUUAAUGACUAACAAGGCUGAAAAUUCUGUGAUGCAGGCCCUAGAAAAUUUAACAGAAUUACAGGUGAAUGAGUUCCUUGCUGGUAAAGCUCCUCUUACUCUAGCUAUGCGACUUGGAGACCAUAUGAUGUUUGUCCAGUUGCAGCUAUCAACUACACAGCUUAACACCAAGAAAGCUCACAAGUCUAAAAGUAAUAAAAACUCUGGGGCACGUCUAGAGAGACAGGCUAACUUCUCUAAAACUUCACAAACUAAUAAUACAAGUGCUAGCCAAAAUACCGCUUCUCCUGCAUCGAUGUCACAAACAGAAACGUCAACAUCAAGUGUAGGGACAUCUAUGGCUGAUAUGUUGCCUAGCCUGUUGCCCAUAGAUUAUGAUGAACCAAUGACAUCAUUGGACACAGAAGCGCUUGCACAAGCUAGUAGGAAUUUAUCGAAAAGAUUAAAAGAACUUUCAAAAGUAACUUGUAAGCCUUCUGAAUCAUACACUACAUCUUCCAGUACUGCCUCAACUUCGUCAUCUUCUACAUCCACCUCAUCAGCAAACUCAGCUUCCAACAAGUCAUCAUCUACUCCGUCAUCAUCCUCAACAGUGGUGGCAAGUCGGGGAGGUACUGGGAAAGGAGCAGGUGCCAUCAUUGAAAGUAUGCAACAUCAUGGACAAGGUGUUUACUCUGGAACCUUUUCAGGUUCAUUGAACCCUGCAUUACAAGACAAACAAGGCAACCCUAAGAAAAGUAUCAAUACAAUUAUUCAUAUACUUAAUGACCUACUAGGAGCUACCCCACAGUAUAAAACUGGCCACACUAGUAAGCAUAGAGAGAGGAGGGAGAGAGGAGCAAUAUCCCAUUCUUCAAGGGUGAAAUCACAGGGUGACCACCUACAGUUGAACCAGGAGAAUCAGGCAUUGAAAGGCAAAGUUGAACACCUCCAACAAAUGAUGGAAGAGAGACGUGCCAAAAGAAAAGCACGUAGAGAAGCACGUAGUGCUCCCUAUAAUUGGUCAAGUGACAAACAAAGCAGUACUGAGAGUAAAGAUGGUGAAACAAAUGCCAUGGAGGUUGAUGCAAAUGUAAUGACAGACAAUGUAACAGAUACUACACUAACACAGAUUAAACAAGAAACUGUUAUGGUGUAAAGAAAUAAUGAAAUGUUUGGAGUAAGUGAUUUGUGCAGAUUUUCACAGCUGUUACUCAUAAUGGCAGAAAUACCAUUACUGCAUUGAGUGUGUUCUCGUUAAGCAUUGUUGAACGUUGCCACAUAGGUAAUUGUCAGGAGAACAUGGUUGUUGAAUUUAUGAUUGAUGUAGUUUUCUCAAGCUUGGAAGCUUGUAGGAUCGUGAGAUAUAUAAUACAUCAAAUCUUAUAUAGGCCAAUAAAAUCAUGAUGGCUGAUGUACAGUUUAUGUGCUGUAUGUAACCUGUAGGCUUGGUCAGCUAAUUCUUGUAGCCUAGUUUAAAGAGAGGGACGUGACUCUGCCCUUAUAGCCUGGUAUAAAAACAGGAGUUUUGACUCUGCCCUUUGUAGCCUGGUAUAAAGACGGAAAUGUUGACUCUGUCCCUGUAGCUUGGUAUAAAGACAGGAGUGUUGACUCUACC